AUGAACCUAGCUGCACCGGAUCCCCGGUCUCCUGUAUCCUACCCCCGCCCGCUCUCAUCGCUGCCCGAGGAUAACAGUAGUCUGCAAGACUAUAUCGAGCAAUCACGGGCUACCCUCGAAAGCCAGCGUGCCAGUUUUGAAUCCGAGCGCUCCUCGUUUAGCGACGAGCGCAAACUGUGGAGUCAGGAGCGGGAGAUACUGAAGUCGAGGAUUGCCAGUCUCGAGAAAUAUAUCGCCCGCACACAUGUGAACAUGUCCACUGCGAUGCCCAUAACGCAAGUUGGAGACCCGGCUCCGAGUAAUUUUCGAGUAUGGGAAGGCUCAAAACCAACAGGCAGGCCGACACGGAGCUUCGUCGACGGGGUAUAUGACCAAUCUCUUCAGUCCGACGAUCCUCAGAUGUCCGGCAGAUCGCCAUCCCUAGACGAGGCCCUCUCUCCGAGAACGCAGCCAGUUGACCGAACACACCAUAUCGGCAUCCCCGUUGAACUGGUAGACAGCACUUUGGAUGGGAUCACUCUCAAGUCUACAGGGCUACCACCAGAUGUCGCCGCCAAAUUAACCUCGCCACUCUCAUCAAAUAUCUCGUCUCCGCCACACCGAAGCAAAGCUACAGACACAACAACAGAAGCCAGCAAAUCGCAGCCCCAUCACCAGACACAUGAUGGGUGCGAUGCAGGGGCACCUACCGUCCAGACCGCACCCGCUGGAGUGGAGCGUCCCCAACUAAACACACAGUCCACGAACAAUCCCAGCGACCAGCAGCCCAACUUUACCCCGGAUGUCGACUCGCCCGAUCCAAAUUAUACUGCAGACGUGGACGAAGACCCCGAGCUAACGGGUCCACUAAUGCUACAGAACGACGAGGAACAGGAUUUAGACUUCCUCGAAGCACUUGACAAGAAGCUUUUGAUGGAGGCCAAAAGAAUGGUCUCCAAUCCCGCGCUAUCAGAUUCAGAUGCCCUGUCUGAUACAACCAACCCUCAACCAGAGCCUGAGCCAGAGAUCCGGUUCAAAAAGAGCACUAAUUUUGGCACCGCUUUCGGCUCAACUCAACCACACGAAUACAUAGGAUGA